CGCUAGGUAAAUGCGAGUGAGAGAACACGUUGCUGUGUAAAAGGUCCACAUUCAACUUCAAGAGCGACGAUUUCUUUCCACCACUAUCUAUACAGUUACCUACUUCGGCACAUCCUUUCGUUUACAUUACACUCUGGCAACUUCGUUUUUCUGUGGCGACUUUCAACCAGUUACCAGUUACCAGUUACUUUCAGAGCUAGACUAGUGAUUGUCCAAAAGAUAUGUGGCAUCUUUAAAGAUUCUAUCAGAAACUCUCUUCGCAUAUCGCCAACCCCUCCACCGAUUCAAGUCUUUUUUUGAUCGAGCUGGUUCCGUUCACUUUUUAUGCUCGUUCAUAGGUAGCGAUUAACAAUCUAAAUAUCUUGUUGCAUUUGUUUAGUCUUCCCGUUAGAAAAAGAAUUACUGCGGCAUCGUCCCGCCACUCUCGUCGGCUGCCAUGGAAAGCGCCUUCGCGAAGCCUACAAAUGAGGUCUUAGCCGCCUUUGAGGUAGACCCAAAGGCUGGUCUUACAGAUGAACAGAUUACGGAGCUACGAAAUAAACAUGGGAAGAACUCUAUCCCAGACGAACCGCCGACACCCCUAUGGGAGCUUAUUCUCGAGCAAUUCAAAGAUCAAUUGGUUUUAAUACUCUUAGGAUCUGCGGCUGUGUCCUUUGUCUUGGCUCUCUUCGAAGACGAAGAAAGUGGCUGGAGCGCAUUUGUCGAUCCUUUGGUUAUUCUUACUAUUCUCGUGCUCAAUGCUGUCGUCGGCGUUUCCCAAGAAAGCAGCGCUGAAAAGGCGAUCGCCGCGCUUCAAGAAUACUCUGCGAACGUCGCUAGCGUGGUCAGGAAUAAUGGACAUGUCUCGCGGGUCAAGGCUGAAGAAUUGGUUCCUGGUGAUAUUAUCUCGGUGGCCGUUGGCGACAGGAUACCUGCCGACUGCCGUGUUAUUGCGAUCGAAAGCAACAGUUUCGCCGUGGACCAGGCUAUCUUAACCGGAGAAAGCGAAAGCGUGGGCAAGGAUAAUAAUGUAGUCGUGAAAGACGAGAAGGCAGUCCUCCAGGACCAGGUCAAUAUGCUCUUCUCGGGAACAACUGUCGUGACUGGACGUGCUAAGGCGAUCGUGGUUUUGACUGGAUCGAAUACUGCGAUUGGCGACAUCCACGAGAGUAUCACGGCUCAGAUUUCCGAGCCGACUCCUCUCAAGCAGAAGCUCAACGAUUUCGGCGACUCCUUGGCAAAGGUUAUUACAGUUAUCUGUAUUCUCGUAUGGCUGAUCAACAUCCCCAACUUCGCGGACCCAAGUCAUGGAAACUGGACCAAGGGUGCCAUUUAUUAUCUUAAGAUUGCGGUCUCUCUUGGUGUUGCAGCUAUCCCCGAAGGUCUUGCCGUUGUUAUCACUACAUGCCUAGCCUUGGGAACCCGCAAGAUGGCCGCAAAGAAUGCUGUCGUCCGAAGCCUGCCAUCUGUUGAAACACUAGGAAGCUGCAGUGUUAUUUGCUCAGACAAGACGGGUACUCUUACAACGAACCAGAUGAGUGUGAGCAAGAUCGUCUACAUUAACGCAGAUGGUACCGACUUAGAAGAGCUUGACGUUGAGGGUACUACUUUUGCACCGAAAGGAGACAUCAAGCAUAACGGCAAAGUGGUGAGGGAUCUUGCUCAAAGCUCAAGUACAAUCCGCCAGAUGACCGAGGUCGCUGCCCUUUGCAAUGAUGCUAGACUCGUGUACGAUACCCGAUCCGGUACUUUCUCUAAUGUAGGAGAGCCCACCGAAGGAGCCUUAAGGGCUCUAGCCGAAAAGGUUGGACCAUGCGCACCGACAAACUGGAGACUUGAGGACAGCGUCCACCACGCCAGCGGCUGGUAUGAAGCCAAGUUCCCUCGACUUGCCACAUAUGAAUUCUCUCGAGACCGGAAAAGCAUGUCUGUCCUUGUCCAAGCCGGUGACCAACAAAAGCUUCUGGUUAAAGGUGCCCCUGAAUCCAUUAUCGAGCGUUGUGCGUUUACCUUGGUUGGUGCUGAUGGCAACCGUGUUCGUAUCGACAACAAGCUUCGUGGUCUGCUCUUGAAGGAGGUCGUCGAAUAUGGUAACCGUGGACUACGAGUUAUUGCCCUUGCUAGCUUAGAUGAUGUUGGAUCCAACCCCCUACUUCACAAUGCCAAGUCGACAGCUCAAUAUGCCCAACUGGAACAGAACCUCACCCUACUAGGUCUCGUCGGUAUGCUAGAUCCUCCUCGACCAGAAGUUCCUGGCGCUAUUAAGCAAUGUAAGGACGCCGGUAUCAGAGUUAUCGUUAUCACGGGUGACAAUCGCAACACCGCGGAGAGCAUCUGUCGCCAGAUCGGAGUCUUUGGAGAAUAUGAGGACCUUACGGGCAAGAGUUUCACUGGCCGAGAAUUCGACAACUUAAGCCCUAGCGAGCAGCUAGAAGCAGCGAAACAUGCAUCUCUCUUCUCGCGUGUGGAACCCAGUCACAAAUCGAAGCUUGUAGAUCUCCUCCAGUCUCUCGGUGAAGUUGUAGCUAUGACUGGAGACGGUGUCAAUGACGCUCCCGCUCUCAAGAAAUCGGAUAUUGGUGUUGCAAUGGGAUCCGGUACUGACGUCUCCAAGUUGGCUGCCGACAUGGUCCUUGCGGAUGACAAUUUCGCUACUAUCGAGGUUGCUAUCGAGGAAGGCCGAUCUAUCUACAAUAACACGCAACAGUUCAUCCGCUACCUCAUCUCCUCGAACAUCGGAGAAGUCGUCUCAAUUUUCCUUACUGCCGCCCUGGGUAUGCCGGAAGCUCUUAUUCCUGUCCAACUGUUAUGGGUCAACCUCGUCACCGAUGGUCUGCCUGCUACCGCCUUGUCUUUCAACCCUCCGGACCAUGAUAUUAUGAAGAGACAACCACGAAAGCGAGAUGAACCGCUCAUCGGCGGCUGGCUGUUCUUCAGGUACCUGGUUAUUGGAUCUUACGUUGGUAUCGCCACUGUCGCCGGAUAUGCCUGGUGGUUCAUGUAUAACCCCGAGGGUCCUCAGAUUAAUUUCUACCAACUUUCUCACUUCCACCGAUGCUCCACUGAGUUUUCGGAAAUCGGAUGUGAGAUGUUCGGUAACGAAAUGGCUAAAGCAGCAUCGACGAUAUCCCUUUCUAUCCUCGUCGUCAUCGAGAUGCUGAACGCUAUGAACGCCCUAUCGUCUAGCGAGUCCUUACUAACCCUACCCCUCUGGAAGAAUAUGAUGCUAGUCUACGCCGUCACUUUGUCGAUGGCGCUCCACUUUGCACUCCUUUACACUCCCUUCCUCCAGAGCCUGUUCUCCAUCCUGCCUCUUAACUGGAAUGAGUGGAAAGCGGUGCUUAUCAUCAGCGCACCAGUUAUUAUCAUCGAUGAAGUCCUCAAGGCUAUCGAAAGGCAGUUCUUCAUCCAGAAGACGACGGAUGAUGUUACAGAGGCCAAGAAGAAGGCGUAGCGGGGCAUAGAUCUAAGUUCUACAUAGACUAGAGUAGACGUAUUACACUGCAUAUGCAAAUUAGGCUGCGCAAUAUAGAUGUAUAAGAAAUACGAUG